AAAGGAAAAGGAGCGCGUUCUUGGCAUUAGUUAUUUAUAUAUUCCUGUAAAGCGGCGGGGAUGCGAGAGAGACGCCACAGCGGCGAGGAUCGCCCGCUCUGAACCGGAGGAGUCACCGGCAGAUGAUGUCCCAAUGUGAGAGUGCUUCCAGAGGAGACGAAGGAGAGGACGAAGGAGGAUGAAGAAGGGGGGAGAGGGAUCGAGAGCGGCAGAGGUGGAAUAUAAUGAAGUUGAGUGGGAAAGGACUGUGCACCGUCUUCUCCAGCACCCUCCUCUUCGUGUGCGCCCUGAGCGAAGUUGUCGUUGGAUUAAGAUGCGUCUCGUUGGGAUCUACGGUGAGAGCGCAUUUCCACCUCGGCGCCGCGGCCGGGGCUUUCUACUCCGGGCUACUUGUGGGAAUCGGGCAGGUCCUGCUGGGGAUGGCGCUGCUCUUUUGCAUGGAGAAGCCCGGCUGCAGGAAUUUCUUUCUCCUCGGGGUUGUGGUCUUCUUGUUAGGAGUCCUCACCGCUUUCUCCGGCGCGGUGGUGGACGGGGACACGGCUUCUCUGGUGGAGAGGAAAUAUUCCCAUUACUGCUUCCACUCUUUGGUUGUGAACCCUGCCUGCGAGCAGCUGAGGGAUUACCAGCGGAGUCUGGUCAUCUCCACUGUUCUCAGCACCUUGGAGUGCGUCUUGGGGCUCAUCAACCUGGUGGUCAUCAAAAGGUACAAAACCGCGCAGUUUUCUAGGAGCCGACAGUCGAGGCAGCGCGCCGGCGCGAUCCUCUUCAGCGAGGAGCGGGACUGCUCCUCGGCGGAUUUCCAGCCGGUGUCUUACAUCAAUUUGGGUGUUUUUAACGUGUUUGAUGAGACAGGUGCAGAAGUGCAGUGCGGGGGACACCCGUCAAUCGAGCUGCCGGGAUACUCGCCCACUGACCCGGAGCUCAAUCAUUGCUUCCCUUUCUCCUACCCGCUCCCCAGUGAACUGCCGCCCGCAUACGAGGACAUUUUCCCCGCUGAGGCAUGCAACACAUAGCCGCUCUGGAGCAGCACCCCCUUAAACCCCCCAGCAGCGCU